AGACCUCAGUCUGCUUCAUCUCUGACCAGAUCAACACAUCCGUCCAACUUCUAACUGAAUCCAUUUUUAAGACGUUUGCGAGGAACCCAUCGAUGGCAUCAAAAAUGAAAGACAGGAAGAGAACUCCGAUUUCUCACAAAGUCAUUGAGAAAAGAAGACGGGACCGCAUCAAUCGCUGCUUAAACGAGUUGGGAAAAACAGUACCAAUGGCACUUGCAAAACAGAACUCUGGAAAACUGGAGAAGGCCGAAAUUUUGGAGAUGACUGUUCAGUACCUGCGAGCGCUCCACUCAGCUGAUUUCCCCCGUGGGAGAGAAAAAGGUGAACUACUCGCUGAAUUCGCCAACUACUUCCACUACGGAUACCACGAGUGUAUGAAGAACUUGGUGCACUACCUCACCACGGAGGACAGAGCUGAAACCAAAGACAUCAAGUACGCGCGGAUCCUCGCCUUCUUACAGUCCAAAUCCCGUGUGGUCACCGAGCCCGUGUUCGGCUCUGUCGGCUCCAUGCCAGAGCCAUCGGACUACCUCAGCCAGCUGCACUCCUCCCCGGAGCACCAAAGCCACAGCCCGUCCGACUCGCUGUACCAGCAGAGCCCGCCGGGACACUUCUCAUGGCACAGCGCGGCGCGCAGCCCGGGCAUCACCUACCCGUCGGUGCCGCUCUCUGCGCACACGCAGCAGCACAGUGGAUACUUGUCGCCUGUGCAGGGACUCGAUCACCACUAUUUCAACUUCAUCGGGCACACGCACGCAAACACGUUCAGUUUGCACAGUGCGCAACACGCCAUGUAAAGACGUUCGCCUUCUGUCAGUGUUUUUUUGUGUCUUUUUUUUUAAUUUAUACAAUUAGA